AUGCUGAGAGACCACGGUUUCUCGAUCGCCGAUUUGCUACAAGCAGGCGUGCAUCUCACUCUGCAGCAGUGCGUUGCGGCCCAUUACUCACUUCCCGAACUGAAGGAGGCGGGGUACUCGGCCCGUGAGAUGAAGGGUGUCUUCCCGCUCCACGAGUUCCGAGAGGCAGGCUUCAACUACGUGGAGAUGAAAGAGGCCCAACUGGCAGAUACUGCUUUAGCUGCGGCCGGUUUUACUCUGAUCUUCCAGGAGAUGCCAGGCUUAGGUGAGGAUGAGAGCCCACGUGCUCCCAACAAGAUGUCCAAAUUUGCCGGCGCCCGGGAUGCCGGUCAAGUGGGCGAGCUGAAGGAAGAAGGCUGUUCCCUCGAAGAGUUGAAAAGCCUGGGUUUUGGACCAGCGGCUUUGAAAGCCCAUUACUCCGUCAUCCAGCUCAAGGGCGCCGGCUUCUCCGUUGCAGAGUUGAAGGCGGUGUGUACUUUGCGCGAGUUGAGGAUGGCUGGCUUCUCCGUGGCAGAGUUGAAGGAGGAGUUUUCCGUGGCAGACUUGAAAUCCGCUGGCUUCUCUGCCGCCCAAUUGAAAGAGAAAG